AUGUACCGAGUGCUGUCAAAGUUAUCUUCUUCAAUUGGCUCGUCUGCUUCCAGGAAACUGGUUUCUGGGCGGAUUAUAAGCAGCAGAAACUAUGUGGCUAAGGAUAUCAAUUUCGGGGUUGGAGCUCGAGCAGCUAUGUUGCAAGGUGUAUCUGAAGUUGCAGAAGCUGUGAAAGUCACUAUGGGACCAAAGGGAAGAAAUGUGAUAAUUGAGAGCAGUUUUGGCGCACCAAAGAUCACAAAGGACGGUGUCACCGUGGCAAAAAGCAUAUCAUUUGACGGUAAAGCUAAGCAUAUGGGUGCAGAGCUCGUGAAACAGGUUGCAAGUGCCACUAACAAGGUUGCUGGAGAUGGUACCACUUGUGCGACUGUUUUGACUCAGGCGAUACUCAUCGAAGGCUGCAAGUCAGUAGCUGCUGGUGUAAAUGUGAUGGAUUUGCGUAGUGGCAUUAAUAUGGCAAUUGCUGCAGUUGUAUCUGAUUUGAAAAGCAGGGCCGUUAUGAUUAGCACCCCAGAAGAGAUCACUCAGGUUGCUACUAUAUCUGCAAACGGAGAGCGUGAGAUUGGGGAACUGAUUGCAAGAGCCAUGGAGAAAGUUGGAAAGGAAGGGGUUAUCACAGUUGCUGAUGGGAACACUUUAGAGAACGAGCUAGAAGUAGUGGAGGGAAUGAAGCUAGCCAGAGGUUACAUUUCUCCUUAUUUCAUCACAGAUGAGAAGACUCAGAAAUGUGAGCUUGAGAAUCCCAUCAUCCUCAUUCACGAGAAGAAGGUUUCAGACAUGAACGCGCUGUUGAAAGUUCUAGAGGCAGCUGUGAAAAGCAGCAGGCCACUUCUUGUUGUCGCCGAAGAUGUAGAAAGUGAUGCAUUAGCUAUGCUUAUUCUGAACAAGCAUCAUGCUGGGCUCAAGGUAUGCGCUAUCAAGGCUCCAGGUUUUGGUGACAGCAGGAAAGCAAGCUUAGAUGAUCUUGCGGUUCUUACUGGUGCAGAGGUAAUCUCUGAGGAGCGCGGUCUAACUCUUGACAAAAUUCGUCCUGAAUUGCUAGGAACUGCGAAGAAGGUCACUAUCUCUCGUGAUGACACUAUCAUCCUGCACGGUGGUGGCGAUAAGAAGCUGAUCGAAGAAAGAUGUGAAGAGUUAAGGUCAGCCAAUGAAAAGAGCACAUCCGCUUUUGAUAAAGAGAAAACGCAAGAAAGACUCUCAAAACUAUCAGGUGGCGUUGCUGUCUUCAAGGUGGGAGGAUCAAGCGAAGCUGAAGUUGGAGAAAGAAAAGACAGAGUCACUGAUGCUUUGAAUGCCACAAGAGCAGCUGUAGAAGAAGGCAUCAUACCUGGUGGUGGUGUGGCUCUAUUGUAUGCUACAAAGGCUUUAGACAACCUUCAAACUCAAAACGAGGAUCAAAGAAGAGGUGUUCAGAUAGUUCAGAAUGCUCUCAAGGCUCCUGCAGUAACAAUAGCUGCAAAUGCUGGUUACGAUGGUUCUUUAGUGGUUGGCAAGUUAUUGGAGCAAGACGAUUUCAAUUACGGUUUCGAUGCAGCCAAAGGUACUUAUGUUGAUAUGGUAAAAGCUGGAAUCAUAGACCCGGUCAAGGUUAUCAAAUCCGCCUUAACCGACGCCGCUAGCAUUUCUUUGCUUUUGACAACAACAGAGGCUUCGGUGCUUGUGAGUGCAGACGAGAAAACACAAAGCCAUGUCCCUGAUAUGUCCGCCAUGGGCAUGUGA